CUGUAAUGUGGAGCACGUGCAGCACUUCGCAGGUAAUGCACAGGUAAAUUACGUCAACCAGGAAGUGGACAGAGGGACGUCCGUGUGAGACGGAGCGGCUAAAGAAGCUUUUGUUUGAGCCUUUUCUGUGAAAAACAAAACAGUAAAGAGCAGAAAGACUCGAGCCUGCGGCAGAGAAAUGUGCAGCUUUGAUAAGGACAAAGGGCCGGGGCGGCUGAUGAAAAAGGGGCUCGUUCUCAUCCUGGUCGGCCAUAUGAACUUCAUCCUGGGAGCCAUCGUCCAUGGCAGCGUCCUGCGCCACAUUUCCAAACCCAGCCAGCACAUUAGUACGCAGUACACUGUAGCCAACAUCAUUUCUGUCACCUCUGGCCUGCUGAGCAUUGCCUCUGGGAUUAUUGCCAUUGUGGUUUCAAGGAACCUUCAUAAACUUAAGCUGAUAAUAGGGCUUAUGGUGGCGUCCUUCCUGAACGCCCUGCUGUCAGCCGCCUGCAGCGCUGGGCUCCUCCUAGCCAUUGGCGUCACCAUCGCCCAUAACGGAAGCGGCCUGAUGAUGGGAUGCAACGACACAGUGGUGCCCGUCAACGCCCGUUCGCCUGUCAGCGCUCAGUGCCCGUUUGAUACAACACGAAUAUAUGACACCACCCUGGCCUUGUGGAUCCCCUGUGCCAUGCUGUCGGCAGCGGAGGCCGGCCUGUCGGUGUGGUGCUUCGUGGUUGGACUGGCUCUCAGAGGGAUCAUGCCGUGUGGGAAGAGCUACAUCAAAGAGCAGUUGGAGGAAGAGACUGAAAACUCUCCACAAACUCGUCGCCUUAUGGGAAAACAUUUCAAGGCUGAAGCAUAAAACGCUUCAUAAGUCUGUAGAAGUCUGUCCAUUUCAAAUUGAGGAACUUGCAUGUUAUGAAGGUUAAUAUGUGCUUGGAUGUGUGUGCGUAAAUGUGACAAUGUUUUAAAAUGGCCGCCCUAAUAUUUAGGUUUAUUAGAACCUAAUAUGAAACCAGUGCUUAUGAAGACAGUUUUUUUUUUAGUUUGAUCUUUAUUUCUUAAAAGUAAUUAUUCAACAGUUUGUUUACCUUUUUUUAACCACUCCAUGAAAUCUAACAUGUCUUAAAAUUUUUAAAAUAAUUUUAGUUUUUUUUUCUACAUUCAGCUUUGAUUUCCAUUUGAUUUCAUGCCAUAAAAUAGUAAACUGCACUUUUUUUCUUUUUUUUAACUAUUGGCAUUAAACAGGAAGGUAAAUGAAACAUGCAGCAUUUGUUAAUUAAAUAAAACUGAUAAUUACCAGUUUAUACUGUAAUUGCAUUGUUUCAAAAAUUGUAUUUCAAGGUAUGUUGGACAUUUUUAACUCCAUUUGUUUCAUUUUCUACAUCGUUUGCCAUUAUCUAUCAAUCAUUAUUUUUUUUUAUAAUAUAAAAACUGAAAAGAAACAUUCAAAUAUGCUGGUAAGUAAAUGUAUUCUGAACAUGCAUUAAAAAAAAAAGUUGAAUCCAAAAA